AUGGCAUCGCCUCCAGCUACAUUCAAAGGCGACUGGAUCACCCCAGAGCAUCCUGAUUAUGCCAAAGCCAUCGCUCGGUGGGCAGUUAACGCCGAGCGCCAUGCCAAGGUUGUUGCCUUUGUGAAGGACAAUGACGACGUCCACGAUGCUUUGCAGUACGCGAAAGAGAACAACCUGCCCCUCGCUAUUCGUGGGGGCGGUCAUAGCCCAUCAGGUGCGUCUUCCAUCGAAGGAGGACUCGUCGUCGAUCUAUCGCGCUACCUGGCCAGCGUGAGGGUCGACCCAGACAAGCAGCUCGCAUAUGUUGGCGGAGGUGCUGUCUGGGGCACUGUUGACAAGGCCGCGAUUGCUCAUGGACUGGCAUCCGUCGCUGGGACUGUCGACCAUGCGGCCCUUUGUCGCAUUAGUCUUCUUCUUGGAGGUGGCUACGGCUAUCUUACCGGCCAGCACGGAUUGGUCAUCGAUAACCUUGUCCAGGCGACCGUUGUGAUUGCGGAUGGGUCCGCCCUUACAGCUAAUGCGACUGAAAACCCUGACCUGUAUUGGGCUAUCCGUGGCGGGGGUUCCAACUUCGGUGUCGCUACGGAGUUCGUGCUCCAGCUCCACCCCCAGCGCCGACGCGUCUUCGCCGGCCUAUCAAUCUUCCCUCCCACCGUGCUUGCCAAAAUGAAUGAGAUUCUGGCCGAGUGGUGGGAGAAGGGUCCAGAUGAGAAGGAAACGAUAUUGCAGGCUCUGACGAAGGGCCCUGAUGGGAAGCCAUGCAUCGUUCUCGUGUUGUUUUGGAAUGGGUCAGAGGAGGAAGGUCGUGCUCACUUCAAGCAAUUAUUCGAUCUGGGUCCUGUGGUUGACCUGUGCAAAGAAAUCCCUUAUGAAGAGCUAAACACCCUACAGAAUGACGGUGUAGCCCCUGGAAGCAACUACUACAUGAAGUCCGUCUUUGUGAGCGGUCCACAACCUGAUGUCGCAGAGGACAUCCUCUCGCACCUUGACACGCUCACAGAAAAGCACAAGCUGCGCGUGAUAUUCAUCUACGAGUUCUUUCCGGUCAAUAAAGUGCUCUCUGUCCCCACAGAGGCGACCGCGUACGUCAGGCGGCCGCGCCUCAGCACGAUGGUACUCGUUAGAUGGGACAAUGACGGCUCGGACAAGCUCGCGGACGUCAGGCUGGCCGCUACAGAACUGACGAAUCUGGCGCUCAGCGCGGAGAAUAAAGUUCCACCUGCGGAGAACACGGGCUACGGAAACUACAUCAGUGAAGAGAUCGUUCCUGUUUCUAAGGACGUUGCUCCGACGUCCAGAGCCGAGGCUCUGUUUGGGGAGAAUUAUCCGCGGCUCCAGAAGAUUAAAAACCAGUACGACCCCGAAGGAAUUUUCUCGCGUUGGUACGGAAUUAAGCCCAAUGCCUCCUAA